CUUUGGCAGCGAGGGCGGCCCCUAGCGCUGGGCUGAGAGCUGAAGCGCGCGCGGCGCCAUGCGGACCGACGGCGGGGCGAGAGGCCGCACCCCGGCCCUCCGUCCUCGAGCAGCCGCCACCGGGAGACCACGGGCAUAGUCAUCGCCUUUGUUCCAGCCGCGCCCCCCACGCCGCCCGGCCUUGCCGGCCCGCCGUGGGUCCCGGCGCACGUCGGCUCGCGCGGGGCGCGGAUGCGGCUGUGGGCUGGGCCUGGAGCGGGCGGAGGAGGCGCUGGCGGCCGAGAUGGGCAACUGCUGCUGGACCCAGUGCUUCGGCUGGCUCCGCAGGGACACGGGGCGGCUGCCGCGCGGCGGAGGAUCCAAAUAUUUUAGAACAUGCUCAAGAGGCGAGCAUUUGACUAUCGAGUUUGAGAAUCUAGUAGAAAGUGAUGAAGGGGAAAGCCCAGGAAGCAGUCACAGGCCUCUCACUGAGGAAGAAAUUGUUGACUUGAGGGAGAGGCAUUAUGAUUCUAUUGCUGAAAAACAGAGAGAUCUUGAUAUGAAAAUUCAGAAAGAGUUAGCCUUACAAGAGGAGAAGUUAAGACUAGAAGAAGAAGCUUCAUACGCUGCCCAGCGUGAAGCAGCCAGGGCAGCCAUGCAGCGAAGGCGCGAGGAGCAGGGAAGGCCAAGCGCCGUGCCUGGAUGCCGCCCCUCCGCCGGUGCCGAGUGUCCAAGUUCCGGACCAGAAGACGACUUUGAAUCUUGUUUGAGAAAUGUAAAGUCACAAUAUGAAGUUUUUCGAGGCAGUAGACUCUCGUCGGACGCCACCGUUCUGACACCAAACACAGAAAGCAGUUGUGACUUAAUGACCAAAACGAAAUCAACCAGUGGGAACGAUGACAGCACAUCCUUAGAUCUAGAGUGGGAAGAUGAGGAAGGAAUGAAUCGAAUGCUCCCGGUGAGGGAGCGUUCUAAGACAGAGGAAGACAUCCUCCGGGCAGCGCUCCGGGGUCGGGGCCGGACGCCAGGGAGUCACGCUGCGUCAGCCUCCGAUGACUCCAACGGGCUGGAGUGGGAGAGCGACUUCGUGGGCGCCGACGUGGACGACAAUGGCAAUUCCGAGUACUCUGGGUUUGUGAACCCUGUCCUAGAACUCUCCGACGCCAGCGCAAAGCAGCCCGGUGCAGAUCAGCGGAAGCGAGAGGGUGAGGUCCUGUGACCCUGCUCAGCGGCACAGACCCAGUGCCGACCCAGGCCGGCAGUUCCAGGGGGGCGGGGUCUGUGUUGGAGAUGCUGUUGGAAAGGCUCGGAGUGCCGGCUGUGUCGGAGUGCUUCAGAAUUAAGUGCAAUUCAUCACCUGCCUUCCGUUGUCCAAAAACAAGUGAACGGUUCUGUCAUGUUAUCAAUUGCAUUUAUUUUAACUUCUUUGUAGGAUUCUUGUUUAAUAUUUGUAGAUUUUCAUUUUUAAAAUAACUUUACUAGUUUGACUUAAUGUGUUUUCGUAAGCUUAUUUCAGUAGCUAACCGAAAACAUUGAGGCAUUUUGUGUUACUGCUCAGCAGACCCGAGAGAGCGUGAGGAUGGACCGCCGGAUUCAGAGUUAGAAUAGUGGGUUUUUUCCGACACUGUUUAUUCCUACCACUGGGUUAAAUUUGAUUGUCUCUUAGUAACCACAAUUAAUUUUAGUAGCUGACCUUAAAGAAAUGCUCAAGUGUCAUUUUUUCUACACUUGCUAUGCAUCCAAGACUGAUAAUGUUGAUUUAGUCUGAAACAAAAGAUAUGAUAUGACAAACUAAGCUUUCAGAGUUUGAACAGUUAAAGUUGGUAAUCAGAAGUAAUAUUGAAGAAAAUAAAUAGACUUAGGUUUUUCACUUCCUUUUACAUGCACUAUAAAUGAAUACUGACUUUAAGUUUGUUGAUAAAUUAAAUUUGUAGGUGUCAUUUUUUUAAAUUUUGUAUUUCCAAUGAUUGGUCUUAGAAAGAUUUUACGCAGAACAUAUUCUUUGUGCAUGGUUUGGUAAGAAAGGAAACCUUAAAAGGUAAUACGGGUAUUUCAAAGUAAAUAAAAUCCUUUCUGGUGCGAAAGGAUUUGUUGAUUUUUAUUGUUUUCCUUUGCCUUGUAAUACAAGGCACAUUAAUGGGAUAGAACUGAAUAUAUCAAUAUAUGUAACUACUUUUUGUGAUAUACAACAAACUCUUCUCUGAGGUUAGGUAUCAGUUUCAAAGGCCAAGGACAUAAGACACUCCCUAAUUGCUUGUCUUGAUUUUGCUGAGGAGUGAUGUGAUUUCAGGAAGCAAACUCUUAAUUUUUGCCUUCGUGUUUCUUUUCUUGCAACAGUGGCAGUGCAUGUUCCCAACGGUGCAGGAGGGCCAGGUGUGCAUAGUAACUUACAGUCCUGGCUGUACUUAAGAAAAGCCACACGGUCCUUUCCACAGCUGAACUGCUAGGCAAUGGCACCUAUAGUUUCAUCUCUUUUUAGCUCAUAGAAAUAAAUAUGACACUUCAAAUAUGAAAACAUUUUAGAUAAUGCUAUUGUUUAUGUCUGUCUUAAAAUUUAAGUUGUAACUAUGUCAUGGGAAAUAUUUUCAAGGUAAUUUGUAUUCCCAGUGCCUGUGCUAUGCUUUUUAAAGUUUGUAUACAUCAGAUGUAUAUUUUUGGUUUGCCAUAAGCUACUAUUGUAAUUUUUUUGGCAUUUUGUUCAUAAAGAAUUUUUUGAAGGAAUGGUAACUUCUCAAGGAUUGUGAAUAAACACAUUUUUACAUUUAAAAA